UUUUAGCCUAAUCGUGUCUUUUUUCGUUGCUUCUUUCUUAUGUUUGCGAUGUGUGUAAGUCUUGCUGUUGAUUCGUGUGUAAAUUAGUAAUAAAUCAUUGACCGAAAUCGACAUUCGUUUGGGUGUAUGCGCAUAGCUUCGCCGGUGUAAAACGUUUUGUGAAACGCGCAUUAGUGCUGAUAUGUGAGUGUUAUUGAGCUGAUAUCGUCACGUACGCAGUCUACGGAGAAUGUGGGCCUUAAAUACUGCCAUUGGAACAUAGGAAAUUGAACAUUUAUCGGGAAAAGUGUAGGGUGUGUACAUAGUUAUAGGUCGGAGCGUUGCGUGUGUUUUGUACGCGGCGCGCGGUUGUCGAGCGGUCGGUACGUUUGAGAAGCCAGGGGCAACGCGGGAAAUAUGAACGAAUUAGAUAGCCUGCGCCAGGAGGCGGAAACGCUAAAGAAUGCCAUCAGGGAUGCGAGGAAGGCGGCGUGCGACACGUCGCUCGCACAAGCGACGGCGAACCUCGAGCCGAUCGGCCGCAUACAGAUGCGCACGCGCAGGACGCUGCGUGGACAUCUCGCCAAGAUCUACGCCAUGCACUGGGGUAGCGAUUCGAGAAACCUGGUGUCUGCCAGCCAGGACGGCAAGCUAAUCGUGUGGGACAGCCACACGACCAACAAGGUGCACGCGAUCCCGCUGCGCUCGAGCUGGGUCAUGACCUGCGCGUACGCGCCCUCCGGCUCCUACGUGGCGUGCGGCGGCUUAGACAACAUAUGCUCCAUCUACAGCCUCAAGACCCGCGAGGGCAACGUGCGCGUGUCCCGCGAGCUGCCGGGACACUCCGGCUACCUGUCGUGCUGCCGUUUCCUCGAUGACAACCAAAUUCUGACCAGCUCGGGGGAUAUGACCUGUGCCCUGUGGGACAUAGAGACAGGUCAGCAGUGCGGCCAGUUCACGGGCCACACGGGCGACGUGAUGUCGCUGUCGCUGGCGCCCGACCAGCGCACCUUCGUGUCGGGCGCCUGCGACGCGUCCGCCAAGCUCUGGGACAUCCGCGACUGCGCCUGCAAGCAGACCUUCCCCGGACACGAGAGCGACAUCAACGCGGUCACGUUCUUCCCGUCCGGGUUCGCGUUCGCGACGGGCUCUGACGACGCGACGUGCCGCAUGUUCGACAUCCGCGCCGACCAGGAGCUGGCGAUGUACUCGCACGACAACAUCAUCUGCGGGAUCACCAGCGUGGCCUUCAGCAAGUCCGGCCGUCUGCUGCUCGCCGGCUACGACGACUUCAACUGCAACGUCUGGGACUCCAUGAAGAGCGAACGCGCCGGCAUCCUGGCGGGCCACGACAACCGCGUGUCGUGCCUCGGCGUGACGGAGAACGGCAUGGCCGUGGCCACCGGCUCCUGGGACUCGUUCCUGCGCAUCUGGAACUAAACCCUCCCCCGCCUCCCGCUCCCCCCCCUCCCGCCUCCCGCACCCGACACGCUCCGCCACCUCCCCGCACUACGUAUGGGCGCCAUGCCCGCCUGCGAACACAUUUUAGAAAUAUUAACAACAGCAACUCAUACAUUAUCAAAUUCAAAACUUAUUUGAUAAUCACUAUAGUUAAUAAUUCUAAAAUAUCUCGAAUGUUUCCGACUGUUACGAUGUCAGCAGACAGUUCGCUUGUCAUAUCUUGAACGUUAAAGCGUUGGUGGUGGGCCCUCAGUCUAGCCUGUGACGUCACGGACCGUUUCUAGUUUUAUAUUCGAUAUCAAACGCGGUGUGUGAAUGUGUUAGCUUCUGUCUUACCUUUGAUGGUCCGUUUCCUUGUUCCUUUCGACCGUCAGCAUUGAAUGAUCAAUGAGUAGAAUCAAUUUAUAAAACUGAACCGAAAUGGUCUUUAUAUGUUCUUGUAAGAAAUGUUUGGGGCGGCUGUUACAGUGUCUGUUAAUACUACAACAUGAUCCUAAGACUAGUCCCGUCACCCUGCGGUUGGAAGUUGCGUACGAUCUGAACAUGCACAAAUGUGUACUGUCGUGUUGUGUUGUGAAUAAUAUUGUAAACAAGUUUGCGCGUACACACAAUUUAAAUAGAUGCGCAGUUUGGCGAACAAACGCACAAUACCGUACGAUACAGCCGCGACACGGGACUCCACCCGACACAACUCGCUUUAUUUAUUUAUAAUUAUAAUUUCUAACAAUAUUAAAAGCAUUUAAACAACUUUUAGGGAGGUAUGUAGUUUACAUGUGUAUGUAUGUGUGUGCGUUAUAAAUGUGCGCGCGUGUGUGCGUGUGUGUUUACUGAUCCAUUGUUCAUUGCAUAACGUUUAUAUAAUUAUAUAUUGGAUAAUGAUGUAAUGAUAUAUUAACGAUAGACGCUGGAGACCUUUCCGCGGAGGGGUCAAGGCUGCCGGAAUAAUUUUCUGUUUAUUGGUGACGUCUUCGCACAACAGAAUGUCGUACAACUUAUAAAAAAAAACUAUAAUUAAAGAACCAAAUAUUAAUUAUAAAUGUAUCUAUGCGUAACUUAUUAAAUGAGAACAUAAUUUUCGUUUCUCGUCACUUUAAUGUAAUCCUUACGUGGUUGAGCUAUUAUGUAUUUAUUAUAUGUUUUAGAUUAGUCAACACACCGGUUUGUUAUAAGUAAAACGAGAUUUUACUGAUCUCCAUUGACGAAAGGAAAAAUCAUUUUUUGUACCUUCAUAAGGACGUUUACACAUGAACUCGACGCGUUUAACACGUUUCUCACGCACAACUCUCCACGGCUCGCUAUACACGCCUGCACUGUUUGUGUGUAAACGUCUUUAUCUUGAUGUUCACGAAUUAUUGUUAACUGAGAUCUAAAUCUUAAUCUAGGCUUUAAGCGUACAAUUACAAUGAUUUAUACUUUGACAUGCAAUAUAAUUUAUCUAUAUCCAAUAUAAUUUCGUAUCAUUAUCCCUUGAUUGCACUGAAAACUGCUUGUUGGAAUGAUACAGGCGUUCAUUUUGUUAGACGGGUAUACUUGUCCCUCGGGAUUAUCACAAGGUUUGUGUCGACUAAUGCUUGGUCUGUAUGAUUCUAUCAAGUUUGCUUGGUAACACAAAUUAACGAUCCAUUGGCUUCCGUCAGCAGGACGUUGUCAAAGCUGAGAUUGAAUGUGCAGCGAUAGCGCUGUGCCGUAAAAUAGAUGCAUUUUAUUUCUCUCCAUUCCUUUAUUUGGCGUAGUGACGACUUAUUUCUUGUGUAAAAAUUGUUUGAAUUCAAUCCUAGUGGUUGAUCGUGGUGAGUCUGAGCCACAUCAUCGCGGGCUGUAUUGAUAACCAUUAAUGUUCCGGUUUGAAAUGAACUUAAACAUUCAAAUCAAGUUUUUUUGCGCGAGACUAACUUGGCGAGUGCGGUACAGAGAGUAUACUAACUGUAAUCAAACGUAGCAGAAAGUGGCUUAAUUUUAGUUUGUUCUAGUCUAAAAUGUAUGUAUUAUUGAUGGCUAACGGAAACCUUGGGGAGUCCAGCAUAAACGCAGGAAAUGAGAUAUGAUCUGUAGUGAUGUGGGGUGUGAUCCGUCUGGAGACUAAUGUAAGAGUGUUAGGUCUCGCGUAAAUAAGCAGGAAUCAUCAUCAUUAUGCACUAUUUUAUAUGUUUAUACUGCUAUAACUAUGAUUAAAUGUUGACGCCAUGUUUAAAUCACAUUAAAACCUCAAACCAACCAAAUAAACUCAACUCAUUGAGUGAACUUUCCUCGAUGACGUAGUAUAUCCGAGUUUAUUUUUGGUAUUGCCAUUUAAUGUAAUGUAAAUAUGUUUCAACUCAUCUAAUAGUACUUAGUCCGUCUUCGAUACGUUUUGAAACGUUUAAAUACCCUGUGAAACAAUUUUCAAUCAUAGAUGGUUAAUUUUAAAAUAAGAGUAAACGGUAGCGUUUUUAAUGUCAUAUAAGGGUUAUCAUGUAAAAUUUUUCGCGCCAGGUUCGCUCGUAUUCCCACACAGAUAAUUAUGAUCUAUAAUCCCUUGAGAAUCAACACACCGGACGAGACAAGAUCAAACCAUCGUCCUAAGUUCAUAUAACUAGACUAAGCUAGCUUUAGGUACGUAAGAAUUAAUAUACAUGAAUAAAAUAAUAGGCAUUUGUAACUCGAACAUUCUGUGUUGCUAACUGCAAAAAUUGGAUGCCAAUAUUUUUUUUGUAACACUUAGUUAUAUUCGUUGCAGUAUUUGUUGGGAUUUUAAGCACAAAA